AAGCGUAAGUAACUCAAUCGACUUCUUACAAAUAUAAUAAUGGUUGUUGAUACAAUUUUGUAACCGAAUAUCAAAUGUCAUCUGAUAAAUAUUGUUAAAAUUUGUGAAAAUGAUGGCUAAUAUUCCACCUUUACUAUCUUCAAGUCCGCCCCCACUUGAUAUCUCAGAUGAACCAGAAGAUUUUAUUGAUGAAAUUAUACCAAGCUUUGAUUAUGAUGCUGUACCUGAACAAACAUACAACGGUGAAGAUCUUGAUUGUACGAUAAAUUUUCACAACUCUCAUACUCUAAAAUUACCAAACAUCGAAGAAAAUGUAAUCAACAAUUUUAAUUCUCCUUGUGAUUUCAAUGUCCCAUCGGAAAUAAUAACAGAGGCAGUACAAUUGGAUAAAACAAAUAAUAAAAUAGAUUAUGAUGAAAUACCAAAUGAAAAUAUUGUUUUAAAAAGUUUAGAAGACAAAAAUUUAUCAAAUAAUUUAUUGAACAACUGUACAAAUACUACUUUUAAUGACGUUUGUGAUAAUGAUAAGGAUUUUGAACAUUUGGAUACCCCACAAGAAAUUGUGCAUGAUAACUUACAGUGUCUGAAAAAUGAAGAAUCUUACGAAAAUGAUAUAAAAUUUGACCGGUUAACUAUAAAUAAUCCUUCUUCAGAAACUACUAAUUCUGAUGAUGAUAGUGAAAAAUUUGAAGAAAUUACUGAUAAUGCAUUUAUGAUUCCUGAAGUUAAAAGCUGUACAGAGCCAGAUGUAUAUAGUACUGCUUUGAAUGAUGCACAAGAAGAUUAUCAAAAUGCAGAUUGUAUACAAAAUAACUCUGAUGGGUUUGAUGAUUUUGAUGAUUUUGUAUGUGCGGAACCUAAGUCAUUAGUUGUUCAAUCAACAGAUAUAACUAAAAAGGAUGAUGAUUCGUUUAGUGAAUUUAGUGGCGGGGAAAAGUUUUGUUCUGGUUCACCUGAACAGAAAACAAAUUAUGACUUACCAGUAGAUACAUCUGUGAAUCAGACCAUAAAUGAUGUAGAUGAAGCCCAGAAUAUAAAUUUAGAAAAUUAUCACAUUUCAAAUAUUCCAAUUUCAGAAUAUGAUAAUAAAUCAGAUGUUGAUGAAGACGAUUUUGUAUUUCAAGAUUUUCAAUCCACAAAUCAAACAAAUCAAAAUCCAGAAACAGAUCCUAAUUCUGAAAUAAAUGAUGAGCCUGUCAGUAAAGCAAAACACAAAGAUGAAAGUUUUGAUGACGAUUUCGAAUUUCAAGAUUUUCAAUCUACAAAUCAAUCAGAACCAGAAGCAGGUUCUAAUUCUGGAAUAAAUGAUGAGCCUGUUAGUAAAGCAAAACAUAAAGAUGAAAGUUUUGAUGAUGAUUUUGGAGACUUCAAUAGUUUUGCAACAGAUAGUGUGCCUAUCAAUUAUCACUCUAACAAUGCGAGCGUGAAAGAAGUUACUCCUAUUGAUGAUACCACUCAAUAUUAG